AGCCCAACAUUUGAGAGAUACAAAAAUGUCUCAGGCCAUAGCAAAUUUCAGCCUUUUUUCUCCCAAUGCCAUCUGCAAAAACCAAAAAUGUGCGAUACCAGUUUUUUACAAACCAAUUCAUGGCGGUGGACGUUUUAGCUACGGUAAGAACAGAAUCAAGGCCAUGGCAGGCGAUGCACGAGACAACCUCGACCACUUGCAGAGGGCCGCCAAGCUCCAACAACAACAACAACAAGAAGCCCAGCCUAGAAAGAGAGCUGCCCCAGCGCCACCCAUCGGGUUGUGGGAUCGGUUUCCGACGGCGAGGACGGUGCAGCAGAUGAUGGAAACAAUGGAGAGGAUGAUGGAGGACCCGUUGGCCUACUCUGGCGGGUACACGACGCCAUUGCCAAGCGAGGCAGGAGUGUACGGCAGGGGAAGGACGCCAUGGGAGAUCAAAGAAGGGGAGAGUGAUUACAAGAUGAGAUUCGACAUGCCGGGGAUGACGAAAAAGGACGUGAAGGUGUGGGUGGAGGAUAAAAUGCUGGUUGUGAAGGCUGAGAAGGCGGCCAAGAAGACGGAGAAUGGGGCGGUGGUGGAAGAAAACGGUGAGGAGUGGUCUGCCAAGAGCUAUGGGAGGUACAGCAGUAGGAUUGCGUUACCGGAGAAAAUUCAGUUUGAGGAGAUCAAGGCUGAGGUUAAAGAUGGGGUCUUGUAUAUUACUAUUCCGAAGGCUUCCAUUACUUCCAAGAUUUUGGACAUCAAUGUUAGUUGAGUUGAGUGAUGACCAUUUUCUUUGUUCAAUCUUAAUUUUGGUUUCUGAGUUUUGGGGUUGUAUUAAGAGAAUUUUAUGAUCAUCUUUUUAAACUCAAUUUGAUGUUCUUGUUUUUGUAAUGGAUGAUGCUAAAAAUUUUGUGAGCUAUUUGAUGUUAUUAUUACUGUAGU